GAUUGUCGGUUUGAAUUCAAUUAUCCGUCAUGUGUGCUAAUUAUUCUCCGCAAAAUCAUACCUCAGAUUAUAAACGAGACGAACGGCAAGAAAUGUUAGUCGCCCCACCAUUAGACUUAUCGUUUAAAAAGGCCACUACUAUGGACGUUUUGUUUCUCACAGAAUUGAUGGACAAACGUGCACAAGUAGUACGCACUGGAAAAGCUCCAAUAAGAACGUUUAAAGACCGUUAUAUAACCAGUACGUUGUGGCUGAGCAACAAUCUAUUGAACUCGAUGAAAGGUCUUCAACGUCUCGCGGCGAGAGUUCUCGAUGAUCCCGUGUAUCUCAGUUGGUUAGAUUUGUCUUUUAAUGAGAUAAGAGAAAUUGGGGAAGACAUAAAGACAUUUAUAAACUUGAAAAUUCUCUACUUGCACGGCAAUAAAAUCGCAAACAUUGCAGACACUCUAAAGCUCAGAAAGUUACAGAAUCUCAGGUCGCUGACGCUACACGGUAAUCCGAUUGAAGACGUCCCCUGCUACAGGGAUUACAUCGUGCACCUUCUCCCACAGUUACUCGUCUUGGAUUUCUCGCCAGUGAUUGCUGCUGAAAAGAAAAAAGCGCUGCCCGUAGGAUUUUUUAAAAUGAUACAACCUGGGAUAUAAAUAUAAAAUUUAAUUUUUUUAUUGUUGCAUACUUUUGAUACACACCUUUCUUUAAUAUUUUUAUUUCCAUACAUACUUUUCCUUUAAAAUAUUAUACCAUGUUACUAGUUAUUCGAGGUAUGGCGGCUUUACGAAACGUAAUUGCAAUAUUAAAUUAAUAUUCUUUUAAGAACGUAUAUAUCUGAUUAUUAAAAUUUAAACUUAAAUAAUGAUAGGUAAUUAAGAUAAUGGAAAUGUAAUUUUAAAAGUGUAAUUGCAGACACACUGUUGCUUGCAUAAAUGCUGAUUAUAGAUAUAUAUUCGCUUCCAUUAAACAGUUUUUUAUAAAUCCGUCAGGUAUUAUAAACAUUUACAAAAGUAUAUUGUUACACAUUUAGAAUCAGGUAUAUUUUCAUUCUUUUUCAGACAAAUUUCUAUAAACUCAAAAUAUAGAAAAUGCUUUAUAUGUUUAAUUUAAUAUUUUUUUAAAAAUUACACAUAUUUUUAUCUGCCUCAUAAUUUUUAAUAUAAAUUAAAUAUGUAAACCAUGAAAAUACAAACCAAGAUUGUGAGAAUGUAAUGAUAUACUAUUGAUAGCAAUUGUGUGAAACUCGUUAAGAUAAUCUCGAAAACCUGAGUAUUAAUUU